AUUUCGGAUCGGAUACCUGUCAGAUCGGAUUAUUUUACCAUCCGGUGCCUGUAUGAUCGGAUUAUUUUGUCAUCCGUGCGCGCCGACCCGAUCCGACAUCAAUCACUCACCCACUUUCGUCUUCCCCGUCUCUUCUUGUUCACUUUCCCGCCAUUAAACCCUAAGCACUUUUUACUCCUCUUUUCUCACUAGUACCUACUCACCAUACUUGUAGGAUCCGUACAAGCAAGAGCUUGAAUCAACCAAUGGGUGAUGAAAAGGACGCCUUUUAUGUUGUGAGGAAGGGGGACAUUGUGGGUCUAUACAAGAAUUCUGCUGACGUUCAAGCCCUUCUCAUGUGUGAUCCUUCUAUUACUGUGUUCAAAGGAUAUUCUCUUCCCAAAGAGACUGAGGCAUACCUGAAUUCACGUGGUCUUAAGAAUUCUAUUUGUUCCAUUGGCGCCUCCAGUGUGAAAACUGAUCUUUUUGGCCCGCUUGCUGUGUGCCCUUUUCAGCAACCAGCUAGCGAUAAAGAGAAAGCAGUGCAGAUGAAUUCUUCAGAAAAGAGGCUGCAGCAUGGUGCGGGGGGAUCAAAUCCAUUCUCAAGCCCUCAGCAAAAUCAACCAAGAAGAGAGAAUGCCAUGGCUGUUCCACCAGUUUCUUCUUAUUGUACCUUUAUUCUUGAGUUUGAUGGUGCAUCAAAGGGAAAUCCUGGUCAAGCUGGUGCUGGAGUUGUUUUGCGUGCUGCAAAUGGAAGCCUGGUUUAUCGGCUCCGUGAAGGUUUGGGCAUUGCAACUAAUAAUGUUGCAGAAUAUCGAUCUCUGAUAUUAGGAUUGAAGGUAGCUCUGCAGAAGAGGAUUACACAUAUAAGUGUGAAAGGAGAUUCUAAACUUGUCUGUAUGCAGAUUCAGGGUCUGUGGAAAACUAAAAACCAGAACAUGGCUGACUUAUGCAAGGUGGCUAAGGAGCUCAAAGACAAAUUUACAUGGUUUGAGAUCAAUCAUGUUGAAAGGGAGUGGAACCCGGAAGCUGAUGCUCAAGCCAAUCUUGCUGUUUAUCUCCCAGAGGGUGAAAUUCAAGAAGAAUGCGAGCGGAAAUAGGGUUUAUAAUGCAGAAAAGUUGCACUUCCCUUUUGUUUGUUUUUGCUGACAGGAUCCAAGUGACACUGGUGUUUGCGAAUAUUUUAUGUGUAUGAGUGGUUUUAGUUAAGUACUGCCUCAGCUAGCUUUGUAUUAUGAACUCGGAAGAUAAAGAUAGUAUGUAGGUAAAUAUGUAACAGUUAUAUAAUGGGAUUCUAUAAAGGUUGUUUAGCGGCUUAAA